CCAGCCACCCUAUCUUUCGCCUACAAGCGAUGUAAAGAGCAAUUCUUUACUCGUCAUGGGUGAAAAACAGUACAUUUCGAUAAUAUACACUACGAUAAGAAUUACAUUCGACCCCCCUUGAUAUCUCUGAUUAUGGUCACGAGCUGUUCCCCGUGCCUUGUUUCAGGGUUGGAGCAGGGACGAUCCUGCUUACUAUUUAACCGUCGCGCUACUGAUGGGAAACCAUUUAGUCGGUAAUCGUACACCAAAGCUCAGUGGUCAGGAUGAAGCUUAGCUCAGCGAGUGUGAAGGUGGCAGCUCUGCUGCUGCUUGCCGCAAUUGUCGUCGUUUCGGGCAAGUCGAUCGAGAAGAGCCGUCGCCCAUUCCCGGCAAUCGAGCGGAUCGUAAGCCGCCGUGAGGGCGUCCGUCCGCCGAGGGACUACGUAUCAAACAAUCCGCGCACGGUCGAGGGACGCUUCACGUCGCGUGUGAACCACUUUGACCCACAGAACCGCGAUACGUUCGAGUUUAACUAUCUGCAAAAUGAUCAGUAUUACCGUCCGGGUGGCCCACUGUUCGUCGUCGUCGGUGGACACUAUCCGAUCAAUCCGUACUUCAUGGAGAACAGCCACUUCCGCGAUGUGGCCGCCCUGCAGGGAGCCUGGUUGGCAACGAACGAGCACCGCUAUUUCGGCGACAGUCAUCCCGUCCCAAACUUGUCCACCGAGAACUUGCGAUUCAUGCGCACGGAACAGGUCCUGUUCGAUCUGAUCGAGUGGAUCGAUUUCUUGAAGCGCGAAGUUGUGGGUGAUCCGAACGCACGCGUCAUUCUGCACGGUUUUGCAUAUGCUGGAACGCUUGCCACGUGGGCCCGUCAGCGCUUCCCGAACAUCAUCGAUGGUGCCUGGGGAUCCAGUGCGCCGGUGCGUGCAACCGCCAAUUUCGAGGAGUUCGCCGUGGAGGUUGGCAAUAUCAUCCGUGCUAGAGCUGGCAACGAGUGCUACAACCGUAUCUUCCAAGCUUUCCAUACCGCCGAAAAUCUGGUCGAUGCUGGUUCUACCGAAAUGAUCUCGGAGAUGUUCAACACCUGCGAACCAGUUAAUGCUGAGGAUCCGAUCGAGGUACAGCUGUUCUUCUACGCAAUGAUGCUCUCGCUCGAAGCGGCCAUGGUUGAGGAUGUCGAUGUGGAAAAUAUUAACCGCGUGUGUGACGCACUUACCGAUGAACAGUACGAUACCGGACUGGAGGCACUGUCCGCUUUCUUGGUUGAACGCUAUGCCGAUGCACGUGAGUGCUUCGAUCUGUCGUUCGAGAACUUCGUACGCUACCUAACCGAUGAGGAUCUCGAUGCACCGGCCAACGUUCAGUUCGGAUUGCGCCAGUCCACCUACCAAGACUGUACCGAGUUCGGUGCCUUCGAAACGACUACCUCGCCGGAUCAACCGUUCGGUUCCAAGGUGAACUACGAUCUGUUCUUGGCCGAAUGUCAGGCCGCGUACGGCGAAUGGCUCACCCAGGAAGUCGUGUAUGAAGGCAUCCGCCUGACCAACUUCCACUUCGGUGCAACUGAUCCGCGCACCACGAACGUACUCUUCACGACCGGUGAGAUCGAUCCACUUCGUGCCGUGUCGAUCACGGAGUACACGAACUUGCUCUCAAACGCACGCACCACACCGGGCGCCUUUAUCGGCCAGGACAUCAUUUCGAUCAGUGGCAUGGAUUCCGAGGAACUGCUCGAAACCAAGCAUAUGGCCGAGGAGUACAUCACCACCUGGCUCGGAUCACCGAUCAGUCCAUUCCGGAAGUAGACUGCGUAAGCGCUGCUAGAGCGUAAGUAGGUGGCCACCGGAAGCCCCAUUCCCAUGUCAUGCCUGUGUCCACCUUAUCACGCUAAUGUGGAAGAGGCUUCCCGUAGCAUAACGGCCGCGAAACAUACAAUGUACGCAUAAAAAAAGAAGUAAUAAAACAAUAAGCUUACAAAUAGUAGCCUUACCUCGCAGUUCCAUACAUCAAUGCUUCCGUUUUUUGGCUUUUGUUUCUUUUUUUCUCUGUCCCUCUCUCGUACGAUUGUUCACAAGUUGCAUUUAUUGCAUUAGUGGCCGCUUAGUUAGCGUAGUGGAUGAUCCGCCUCUGAGCAGGAUAAUAAAAAUCAUAAAAGUAUCCCGUUUCAUGUCCUUCACACUAGGCCGCUUGUUGCCCGCAAAGGUAUUGAGUAGAGCAUUCCGUAGUUUAUUAGGUUUUCCGCAGAAACUCAAAUGCUCGAAGUUUACUUUUUGUAUUAAAUUCCAUAUUCCAUAAUGUGUGAAUAUUCCAUGAAUCUGCGCGACCCCUGGUUUUGUUGAUAACACUAAGGUUGUUGGUCGACUCUGUAUCCACUGGAAAUCGACCAAACGUCUUAUACGCCUGAUAGGUAUGCAAUAAUGGGUAUUUUUUCAAAUAACCGUUAAGCUAUGCAAACCCGAAUGCAUGAGUGAAUGCUAUUUUCAAAUUGUGCACCGGUUCCACAAGACUGGACCGGGUAUCAAAUCGCAUCUGGGACGUCCCCCGUAGCAAGAACUGACUAUCCCGCUACGUGACAAAAUAAGUCUAGUAAGCCAUAAAUGGUCGUCAAAUGACCUCAAGGGUCGUUAAGCCAACAAGAGAGAGAGAGAGAGCCAAAU